CCGGACGGAUAAGAACGAUGAGGAGUUCUAGAUGUGGCUCGAUGCGGGCGAGGUCAAGGGAAGCAUGAAGAAUAUAUAUCUCAGCCCGAUUUUAAAGGAGUACUUGAAAAAGAAUGGGCCUGAUGCAAAUCUAGCUGUGGGGACUAUCGACCAGAACACGCCAGCAGAGGACCAACCGCAGGCUGGGAAGGAUAUGUGGGAAGGCAUGGCAGAAGAGGCUAAAGCCAAGCUCGGAUAAAGAU